UCAUGUAAUUUCCAGAUUGCGAUCGUCGACAAGAUGAAAUAACCAUCUAUACUCAGGUUCGACAUAAGGCGAGACGGAUUUGUUUUCAAACUACGUUUGCGCAGACCAAGAGAGUCCCACACAAUAUGACUUCUUGGUUCCAAAUCUUUGCCGUCCUUUUGGGGAUAGUUUCUCAGACCAAUGGAUACAACAGCGAAGACAAACUCAGGCACGACUUAUUCGCGACGUAUGACAAAUUCUCGCGCCCUUCUCAAACCACAGCCGUCAACAUUAGGAUUUCGAUCAAGCAUUUUGAAAUGGACGAAAGGAGUCACUCGUUGAUGGUCGAUGCGUGGAUGUCAAAUGAAUGGCGGGACCCUAGACUCAGUUGGAAUCCUAAUGGUUACGAAGCCAUCCCCAGCAUCACGGUGCCCCACGACAUGCUGUGGAAACCGGAUAUUGCUGUAUAUAACAGCGCCGACGUCGGGGGGAACUUAGCCUACGGCAACGUGCUCGCACUCCUCAACUCCCGCGGGAUGAUCGUGUUCGUGGCCCCUGCGAAGCUGCACUUCACGUGCGUGAUGGACCUCACCGGUUGGCCGCACGACACCCACAAUUGCACGUGCGUCAUCGGCUCCUGGAUGCACGACGGGCACGCCAUUAAUCUGAGGUUACCGGAUGACAAGCCCGAGCUCAGUCUACCAGCGCGCUUCACCGAAGACGGCCGGAACAUUUCCAGAGGCUCCUGGAAACUCGUCGAUUCUAGCAUCGUCCGAAAAGUCAAGAAUUACACGUGCUGCAAGGAACCUUACAUCACAAUUCACAUGUCGAUGCUGGUUACGCGGAAUGCUCCGGCUUACGAGUGGACUGUGAAGGGGCCUGCUAUAGGACUAAGCAUCCUGACGCUGGUGGUCUUCCUGCUGCCUCCUGCCGCAGGAGAAAAGGUGAUAUUCGGGAUCCUGUGCCUCCUCCUAGAUAUGGUGUACAUAGCGUUCGCCUCCAGUACUAUAGUGUUGUCGCCGUCGCACCUCCCUCUCAUAGUGGAAAUGAUCUGCAAGCAAGCAACGCUGGUCAUUGCAAGCAUCGUGAUCAGUGCCUUGUCACUGAGGGUGGCUAGGGACCCCCACACCUCUGGUCUGCCCUCCUUCAUCAAGACGCCCUUGCUGGCUCUGUCCCCCUGCUUCUGUCUGGAGAGCUACAAGAACCUCGCAUCGAGGGUCCACCACCACCCGUAUUAUCCCCACCCCUUGAAAACGGACGAAUACGACUUGAAGGAGAACGGAAACGGGCACGUUUAUGCCCCAGAGGUCAGCACGUGCCCGGGCUUCGAUUGGCUUCUGCUCUCGGCCUUCCUGGAUCGACUUUGCCUCGUCAUCUACGUCGUCAUCUUCAUCGUUAACAUAUGCAAAUUCAGCGCCAUUCUUUGAAGAAGAAGAAUGGGAAGACUUCGUUUUGGGAGCUGCUCUUGGCUGCGCGCGCAUCUCUUCAGGUUGGAGUUGGGGGGCGGGGCUUCCGGGUUCAAAUCGGUAGAUUUGAGGUGACCUGAGGAGCUAUAAAUGAAGAAAAUAGGACGUAAAUUGAGAAAGAUACAUUGCGAAAUAGAAGAAAAUAGACUGCCAAAUAUUUAAGAUUAAAUAGUGAAGGUUAGACUGGAAAAUAGACAAAAAUAGACGUGUAAACAAAGAAAAUUAGACUAAAAAAUAGAGGAAAUUAGACCUACGUAGACAUUAAGGAAAAGUCUGGGAAAGUGAGCAAAUGUCUUAGAAAAUAAUGAACAAUUACUUGGAAACAGAAAAAAACAGACCCACUAAAAAUUUUACAUGAGCUGGAAAAUUAUGGAAAACAGUCUGUAAAAUAAGACUGGAAGGCAGACAAAACUAGACUGAAAAUGGUGAAAAAGACUAAAAAAGACUAAAAAAAUAAAUAACGGUGAAAAAUAAGCAGAAAAUACUGACCAGUACUGAAAGUAGUGAAAACUAGACAAGAUAUUGAAGAAUAGACUUCAAAACAAUUGAAAAUAAACUUCAAAAUAGUGGAAAGUAGACUGAAAAAUAGUGAAAACUCUAUACACGAUUGUUUGUAUACAUAUUCAGUAUUAUAAUGGGUAAACAGCAGAACCUUUACAGUGCAAGAAAUACUCAACCACAAAUUGUAAAUAGUAAAAGUAUAAAUAAAAAAAUACGUAAAACGGAAAUCAAUGGCAAAAAUAUUCGUAGAAACAAGGCGUUUAACAUUGAACUACUCAGAGAUCUAUCUGUAGGUUACAGAGAUCGAUCCUGUAAUAUUUGUAUGGUCGCUUUCUUCUGUAAUCUUGCUGUAAUGCUGUAUAUUAUACAGUAUGAUCUAAAUGAGUAUUUAAUCUCCUAGAUCAUACCGGUAACGUAAAGUUGUCAUUUGGGCAUGAGAGUCCAAAACUGACGAAUUACACUGUUACGGGGUCACCUUGCAAAUAUCAAAUUUUGCACUUCAGAAAAGUUCGCGUCAAGGAGUUAUUUUGUUUAUCCAUUGUAAAGUUAUUAAUAUUGAAAUGCUUUAAAUAUUAUAUACUGUAGAUUUCAAGUAAGUCAAGUUAGUGAAAGAGAUAAUUAGACAGAUGGCAAAGCUAAGUGUCAUUUAGCCCAGUUCAUUUACGCCCUUGAAUACUGUGACAGUCAAUUGGUUCUCUGUCUCAACUCUCAAGAACAGUCAGUUCUUGUCUUUACUGGAUCUGUGGCAACAGGUUUAUAGUGACUGGUUCUGAGUAAUUACAUUAUACCUUUGGAGAGACAGAGAUUCCUUGUAACAUUUGUAACGUGUAAAGGCCAGUUGAAAUAGUAUUUUUAGAAGUAUUUAUAUGUGUACCCAGCUGGCGUUGCUCAAAAGUCGUGACCUGUUUCAUUUUUUAUGUUUAUUAGUUGAGAAUCACUGCAUUUUUACACUUAUUAUAGGUAUAUCUAAUUGGCGUUGCCCCGAAGUCAUAGACUCCCUUCUUUGCAUUGACAUUAGCAGGAUUUAAUGUUUAUUUGAAUACAGGAAUUAAUGUUUAUUUGAAUAUGUGUUGCAUACAGCUUUCAACUAAUGUAUAUUUGCAUGUGUGUAUCUACCUGUUUAUGUACCGUAUUUUACCGAAACCAGAUAUGUUUUAUGUUUUGAAAAUAAACCGUUUAGGUUUAUUCCCAGAUUUAUUGUGGUUGCAUGCAAAUUUUCGUAAAAGAUUUAUUUUAUAUUAUACGUAUAAAAUGGUUGUCCCAGAUGUGUGUGUGUGUUUUAUUUAAGGCUCAUCAUGGCGUAUAUGAUUCCAUACACAACUGUGAUAAGAUUAAAGAGACGAAGAAA